AUGACACCACCUGGACGUCUCUACCUCCUGAGGGUGUGCAGCACCCCCCUACUCCUCCUCCUUCUGGGACUGCUGCUGGCCCUGCCGCGCGAGGCCCAGGGGCUCUCUGGUGUUGGCCUCCCACCCUCAACUGCACAGCCUGCCCAUCAGCACCCCCCGAAUCACUUCACCCGAGGCACCUUCAAACCUGCCGCUCACCUUGUUGGAGACCCCAGCACCCAGGACUCACUGCGCUGGAGAGCAAACACGGAUCGUGCCUUCCUCCGCCACGGCUUCUCUCUGAGCAACAAUUCCCUCCUGGUCCCCACCAGUGGCCUCUACUUUGUCUACUCCCAGGUGGUCUUCUCUGGGGAAGGCUGCUUCCCCAAGGCCACCCCCACCCCUCUCUACCUGGCCCACGAGGUCCAGCUCUUCUCCUCCCAGUACCCAUUCCACGUGCCUCUCCUCAGCGCUCAGAAGUCCGUGUGCCCAGGGCCACAGGGACCUUGGGUGCGCUCGGUGUACCAGGGGGCUGUGUUCCUGCUCACCCGGGGAGACCAGCUGUCCACUCACACAGAUGGCAUCUCCCACCUGCUCCUCAGCCCCAGUAGUGUCUUCUUCGGAGCCUUCGCUCUAUAG